AUGUCCAGGACUGCUAGUGUCCCCAUACCAAGUGGUGAGAUUGCAGGUGUACAACCCAUCCAAGACCGGACGGCCUUCUCGGCGAAAGACACUGUGUCGUACAUCUGGAAAGGAUUAGGACUCCCAGAUGAAGCGCUACAGUCUCUUCAGAUUAGCGGCAAUGAGAAUCACCUUCCGUCAUCCUUCAAGAUCACUGAUCUUGCUCAAGCUUCGAUUGGAUUGUCUGCCUUACUUGCGGGCUUGAUUCAUGCCCGGCGCAAUGCCAGUCCCGUUCCGAUCGUGAGAGUUCUUCGUCAACACGCUGCCAUUGAAUUCAAGUCCGAGAGACUAUAUACCAUAAAUGGCCAGUCUGUCCCGUCAGUGUGGGGCCCUAUCGGUGGACUGCAUAAAACGGCAGAUGGUUAUGUACGGGUCCACGACAAUUUCCUUCACCACCGCAACGGCGCAAAGGCUUUACUAGGAUGCUCGCCAGACGCCGAUCGCUCGGAGGUAGCGGCCAAGAUUGCAAACUGGCGAUCAGUCGACCUUGAAUCAGCUGCAAUCAAGUCCGACUUGGUGAUUUCCGCCCUUCGCAACUACUCUGAAUGGGACUCUCUGCAACAGGCACCGGCUAUAUCCGAUUUCCCCAUCCUCCUCCGUCGUAUUGGGGAUGCCCCAGUUGGGCUGCCAGAGGGGAUGCGCGAACCAAAGGCAGACAAAUGUCUUCGGGGGUUACGUGUGCUGGAACUGUCGCGAGUGAUCGCAGCCCCGCUCGCUGGAAAGACACUGGCCGCUCAUGGCGCGGACGUUCUCUGGGUUACAAGCCCUAAUCUACCAGACCUGCCAGAGCUCGAUCGUGAUCUGGGUCGCGGGAAAAGAACGGUCCAGAUGGACCUACUAACGCCGCAUGGUCAAGAGGAUCUUGCUACCCUCCUCCAGGAUGCCCAUGUCUUUCUGCAAGGCUAUCGACCUGGAAGUCUUGCGUCCCGUGGAUUGUCAUCGGAAGUACUCGCCCAACGAUUCUCUGACCGUGGGAUAAUCUGCGCCAAUAUGUCGGCAUAUGGACCGACAGGUCCCUGGGCUAACAACCGCGGGUAUGACUCGCUGGUCCAGACGUGCUCCGGCAUGAAUGUUUCCGAAGCCGAGCACUACGGUGCAGGUGAGCCCGCCCGAGCGAUGCCAUGCCAAGCCCUAGACCAUGCAGGAGGCUAUUUCCUUGCAGCCGGCAUCCAGGCGGCCCUGUAUAAGAAAGCCAACGAGGGAGGGUCCUGGGAGGUGAACGUCUCCCUGGCGGGUGUGAUGAAGUAUCUGCGGUCGCUGGGACAAUUCGAUGGAAAGACUGGCUUCCAGGCGCCGGGUUAUACGAGCAUCGCUGACGUACCUCCUGAGUAUCUGGAAACGAGAGAUACUGUGUUCGGGGAGAUGACGGCUGUGCGUCACUCUGCUAUGAUUCAGGGAGUUGAAGUUGGCUGGGAUAUCAUGCCGAAGUCGCUGGGAUCGGAUGAGAAGAGGUGGCUUUAG